CGUCAGUGUUGAUCGGCUCGCCAUGGCGGAAGGACGCAGAGAACAGCCGCCCCAUCCUCUCCUCUCCUUACCACCGGCCAGCAAGCGACCCUGCCUGCGCCCUGCUCCCCGAGGUCCUGGCCCGGGGCUCGGCCACGGCAGCGGGUCGCACAGCUUCCGGUACCGUUCCCCGGAGUCCCUACUGGACUGCGCCGCGAAGGCAGUAGCGGAAAAGUGGGCCUUCGAGAGAGUGGAGGAGCGCUUCGAGCGGAUCCCGGAGCCAGUCCAGCGCCGCAUCGUCUACUGGUCUUUUCCCCGCAACGAGAAGGAGAUAUGCAUGUACUCUUCGUUUCAGUGCCGAGUCGCCGGCGAGGAGGGUCCGUCGGCGGCUACCGGCGGGGCUGGGGGCGCUGGGUCCGGAGCUACGACCGCCGGCGGUGGCGGAGGAUCUACCGGUACGACGGCUACCGUGGGGGCAGUGGGGACGGGAGACGGGCUGCCUUUUCGCCGGGGUAUCCGGCUGCUAGAGACCGGUUGUGUGGAAAACGUUUUACAAGUCGGGUUUCACCUCAGUGGCACAGUUACUGAACCCGCCACGUCGUCAGAGCCAGAGGUCACCCACAAGGUGGCCAUCAGCUUCGACCGAUGCAAGAUCACCUCCGUCACCUGCGGUUGCGGUAACAGGGACAUUUUCUAUUGCGCCCACGUGGUGGCGCUCUCUCUUUACCGCAUUCGCAAGCCUGAGCAGGUGAAGCUGCGGUUGCCCAUCUCGGAGACGUUGUUCCAGAUGAACAGGGAUCAGCUGCAGAAGCUGGUCCAGUACCUGAUCACGGCCCAUCACACCGAGGUGCUGCCUACAGCUCAGAAACUGGCCGACGAGAUCCUGUCCUCCAACUCUGAGAUCAACCAGGUCCACGGUGCCCCGGACCCGACUGCAGGCGCCAGCAUUGACGAUGACAACUGCUGGCAUCUGGAUGAGGAUCAAGUCAGGGAGCAGGUCAAACAGUUCCUCUCACAGGGAGGAUACUACGGCUCUGGGAAGCAACUCAACUCCAUGUUCGCUAAGGUGAGGGAGAUGCUACGAAUGCGAGACUCCAACGGCGCCCGGAUGCUGACGCUCAUAACGGAACAGUUUAUGGCAGACCCCCGGCUGUCGCUAUGGAGACAACAGGGCACCGGCAUGACGGAUAAGUGUCGGCAGCUCUGGGAUGAGUUAGGUGCAUUGUGGGUGUGCGUGGUGCUGAACCCCCACUGUAAGAGUGAAGAGAAGAGCGGCUGGCUGAAGCAGCUGAAGAAGUGGGGCGACCUCGAUGUCUGCCCGCUGGAGGACGGCAACUAUGGCAGCGAGCUUCCGAACAUCACCAACGCUCUACCGCAGAGCAACCUGGCACAGGACUCUCUGUCCAGGCCGAGGAGGUCGGUGUUCAGCAGAGCCGUCGAGGCCUGCGACCUCCACUGGCAGGACAGCCACCUCCAGAGGAUCAUCAGCAGUGACCACUACAUGUCUCCGUCCUACCAGAGAGAGGGGGAGAGCCUGCUGUUCAACCCACAGGGCCUGCCGCUCUGGCUCGAUCAUGUCCCAACGGCAUGCGCUCGCGUCGACGCCCUGCGUUCCCACGGCUACUCCAGGGAAGCACUGCGAUUGGCCGUGGCCAUCAUCAACACGCUCCGCCUCCAGCAGCAGAGACAGAUGGACAUCUACAAACACCAAAAGAAAGAGCUUCUCCAGAGGGGCGUGACUUCCACCACCAACCUGGAAGGCUGGGUGGGUCAUCCCUUAGACCCGAUCGGCUGCCUGUUCAUCACUCUCACUGAAACCUGCCGCCUGGACGACGACAACACUAUGGACACAGGAGAAGGCGACCCCAGGCCUCCGGUCUACCACCACAUACCAGUGUGGGGCAGUCCUGACGUAGGGGAGUCCUACCUGACUUUGGCCUUAGAGGUGGCUCUGAUGGGUAUGGGCCAGCAGAGGAUAAUGCCCGAGGGCCUGUACGCUCAGGAUAAGGUGUGUCGAAACGAGGAGCAGAUUGUCGCAAAACUUCAGGAACUGGAGCUAGAUGACCUCCUGGUCCAGACUCUUCGGAAACAGGCCAUACAGCUACUGGAAGCUGGUCCGUUCAGCGGUCUAGGUGAGGUCAUCCACAGGGAGAGUGUUCCCAUGCACACCUUCGCCAAGUACCUCUUCUCUGCCCUGCUGCCACACGACGCGGACCUGGCAUACAAACUGGCUCUACGCGCCAUGAGGCUGCCGGUCCUUGAGUCCUCAGCGGGCUCCGGGGACGUGGGUCACCCUCAUCAUGGCAUCUCAAUAGUACCGAGCAGAUACCCACGCUGGUUCACACUGGGACACCUGGAGUCCCAGCAGUGCGAGCUGGCCUCUACCAUGCUCACUGCUGCUAAAGGUGACAUGUUGAGGUUGCGGACGGUGCUGGAGGCCAUUCAGAAAAACAUCCACUCCUCUUCCUUAAUCUUCAAGCUGGCCCAGGACGCCUUUAAGAUAGCCACACCUGCUGACAACCCGCCCGAUAUAACUCUGCUCAACGUGGCACUGGAGCUGGGGCUGCAGGUGAUGAGGAUGACUCUGUCCACACUGAACUGGAGAAGGAGAGAGAUGGUCCGCUGGCUGGUAACCUGUGCAACUGAAGUCGGUCUACGGGCGUUGGUGAGCAUCUUACAGAGCUGGUACACCCUCUUCACACCGACCGAGGCCACCAGCAUCGUGGCGGCCACCGUCAUGUCCCACAACACCAUCCUGCGCCUCAGCCUGGACUACCCUCAGCGGGAGGAGCUGGCCAGCUGCGCCCGGACGCUGGCCCUGCAGUGCGCCAUGAAGGACCCCCAGAACUGCGCUUUGUCGGCUCUGACGCUCUGCGAGAAGGACCACAUCGCCUUCGAGACGGCCUACCAGAUCGUCAUCGACGCGGCGUCCACGGGCAUGACUUACUCCCAGCUGUUCACCAUUGCGAGGUACAUGGAGCACAGAGGGUAUCCUCUGCGGUCCUUCAAGUUGGCCUCCCUCGCCAUGACCCACCUGAACCUGGCUUACAACCAGGACACGCACUCUGCUAUUAACGACGUGCUCUGGGCCUGCGCACUCAGCCACUCCCUGGGUAAAAACGAGCUUGCGGCCAUUAUACCUCUUGUGGUAAAGAGCGUGCACUGCGCCACGGUGCUGUCCGACAUCCUGCGGCGGUGCACCAUGACGGCGCCGGGGCUUGCAGGCAUUCCGGGGAGAAGGAACUCUGGGAAGCUGAUGUCAACAGACAAAGCGCCGCUGCGGCAGCUCCUGGAUGCCACGAUCUCGGCGUACAUCAACACAACGCACUCUCGACUGACGCACAUCAGUCCGCGGCACUACGGGGAGUUCAUAGAGUUCCUGAGCAAAGCACGGGAGACUUUCCUGCUGGCACAGGACGGCCACAUUCAGUUCGCCCAGUUCAUAGACAACCUGAAACAGAUCUACAAGGGCAAGAAGAAACUGAUGAUGUUGGUCAGGGAGCGCUUCGGCUGACCCCGCCCCUCCCUCACCGGGACCCUCUACUUGGGAAGUAGUUCCACUUAUUUGUUUCUAUUUAAGUUUUUUUUUUUGAUUCCUUGUAUUUUUACUUCUUAUGUUGAGCCAUUUGUUGACUAAGUCUUAAGUUGUUGUCCUGUUUUUGUGUUUUGUUUCUUGAAUGUGAACCAGGAAGUGUUCACAGUACAUUGCCCUGCUUUAUUGAGACUGAAAAAGGGGGAAACGGCUUGAAAUGUCAAAGAAACAACAACAAAAACAACGCAUUUCCCCCUCCAACUGAUGUUAAAUCUAGUAUGAAAAAGUCAAAAGAUUUUGAUGGUGGCACUUGACGAAUUAAAAACCAAAAUAUUUUGUUGG